AUGAAGGACAGGUGGACGCAGCUGGGACUGCUCUUCUUCCUCUUCCUCUCCCUCAUCAUGACGGGCAGCUUCCUCUGGCAGUACCAGCUGCCCAAACUCCAGCCUGGUGAUAUGGGCAGCAGUGAUCAAACAAAGAGGAUGUGUCCCCGCUUCCCUGAACCCACCCCCCUGCAGCAUCCCAUCCCCAUCCUCAAGGGGGCGCUAGAGAAGGUGGAUACACUCCUUCGCAGGAGUCUGCACCCCAGAAGUCUCCCGUCACUGUCGGCCAUCGUGUUUUACAACGACACGGUGCUGUGGACAGGAAACUUCGGGAGAAGGAACGGGACGGACCGCAAGUCUGCCCCGCCCAACAAGUACACCAUCUACAGGAUCGCCAGUCUGUCCAAGAUCUUCCCCACCCUGAUUCUGUACAAGCUAUGGGAGGAGGGGAAGGUGGGUUCCCUGGAUGACCCGCUGGAGAAAUACGCAGAGAAUUUCACCAUCAAGAACCCCCUGGGCCGGUCCGGGGACCCGGAGCUGAAGUACAUUAUGGACGGGCUGAUCUUUCUGGACAGCCACGAGGUCCAGGCUCAGUCCUCCUGUGUCACUCUGCGUAGGAUGGCCAGCCAGCUGUCCGGAUUACCCAGAAGGCUUAGGGCCACCAACCUGCUGUGGAAGGGGAAGACUCAGGCAGCUAUCAGCCUUCUCCAGGAUGAUGUGCUGGUGGCAGAUCCUGGAACAAAAUGCCACUACAGUAACCUGGCCUUCUCCCUGCUGGCCCAUGUGCUGAGUGAGAGGGUGGAAGGCCAGGACUACCAGCGCUGGAUCUCCCAGAAUGUCCUGGACCCGCUGGGGAUGGAGGACACGGGUUUCGACAUCACCCCAGGGGUGCAGAGCCGCAUGGCAGUGGGGGUGUAUCCCAGUGGGCAGCUGGCACGGCUCUACGACCUGGGCUGGUACCGGCCCUCGGGCCAGAUGUUCUCCACGGCGGCAGACCUGGCCAAGCUGGCCAUGGCGCUACUGGGUGCGUACCACCGCGCCGUGCUCAAACCCGACACCCUCAAGGUCCUGCUGACGCCCCUGUCCCGCUGCGACGGGGGCUACUUCGCCCCACGGACGGGCACGCCGUGGGAGGUGGGUGAGCAGCUCGGGUACGAGGUGCUGCGGAAGGACGGCGAUGUGGACGGCUACUCCGCCACCUUCUCCCUGCUGCCGCGGCUCAGGCUGGGCCUGGCGGUGUUAAUGGCGGGAGCCAAGCCACCUGGCCGGGACCUGGCGGCCGAGGCCUACGCCCACAUCAUUCCUGCCCUGGAGCGGGCCCUCCGGGACACGCGGCUGGUCCUCUCCCCGCCGCCCAACCCCACCCCCUACGCCGGGCUCUACGCCCAUGCCAACAGCGCCUUCUACGAGAUCAGAAGCGGGCCGGACGGAGUGCUGGUCAUGCAGCAGUUUGGCCUGCAGAUCGAGGACCAGAUCCCUGAACAGUACAGAAGCGUGAAGCUGAGCUUCCUGCAGGACCGGGUCUUCCGGGCGGUGCUGGGGAGGGAGUACCCCUGCUUCCUGAAGGCUGGCUCUGCCUCCAUCUCUCUGGAGGCCCAGGAUGGGCAGCUGUACAACUUCUACGUGUUUGACGAGAAGGGCGUGUCACCAGGCUUCGACAUUCCGGGACUGAACAGGUACAACGUGGUGCGGAUCGCCCAAAAGCCCGCUUUCACCACCUAA